GACUCCAUUCUACUCCAGGUCGUCUCCGUCUCCAGGCCUGGAACAAUUUGCCUCUCAAUUUUUAACGCAGAAAGAUUUCAUUCAGAAUUCAGUAUUAACGAGGACAUUUGAUAUUAAAUAGAUAGGUAGUUAAUCAGUUAGUUAACUUAUACUUACUAAAUAGUGACGACGACGAAAUGUUGCACAACCUGCCUUCCUCAAUCCUUCGUCUCCCGCACCAUGAAAGUUUGGGGAAUUUGUCGGAGGGGAACAUUUCCGACACGAUAUCCGAGUCAUCGGAUAACGCCACGCUGUUGUCUCUCUCCAGGGAGGAUCUCGUCGCUCUGGGGGCUGGCCAUAUACGAGAGGAAAUUCGUGUCAAUAGGAAAAAAUUAGAGGGACUCAUCCUCCGAGAAAAAGAUAACCGUACGGAGAAGCAUUACAUGGAAUUGUUGAUGGAACGAACCAACACGUACGUUCAGUGGCCGUCUCGCAUGAAACUUGGAGCAAAGACGAAGAAAGAUUUGUACGUUCGAGUUUAUGGCCAUGAUCAGGAGGAAGUGAACGAAGCCAAGAAUCAAAUCUUGGCAGAUUUGGGUCCCCAUCGGGACUUGCGAAUUACGCUGAAGAUGGAGAUUAGUUACACGGAUCACUCUCACCUGAUUGGCUGCAGGGGUCAGACGAUUCGAAAAGUGAUGGACGACACUGGUUGCCACAUCCACUUUCCGGAUUCGAAUCGCAUGUCAAAGGAACACAAGAGCAACCAGGUUACGAUUGCUGGGAGUUCGAUUGGAUCAGUAGAGCAGGCCAGGGCACGAGUGAGGGAGCUGAGCCCACUCGUGUUCCAAUUCAACAUGCCGACUCUCCAUUCUCCGUAUGAAAUGCAAAUCAACCCGGAAGCACAUCACGUCUUUAUCGACAAUAUCCAAUCAACUUACGGCGUCCAGGUCACUAUCCACCCUCCAAACAAGCUGCAGCAGACUUCCGUCUCCGUCAAAGGUUGUGAAAUCGAUUCAGAUGCGGUUCGAUGUGCUGUGGGGAAAAUUGUGGCGUAUUUCUCUGGAAAUAAUAAUAUGAGCUCCGUCCAGGUGGAAUCUACUAUGGAAAUCACCCCGAUUCAGCACCCCUUCGUCCGCGCGGUGAAUGACAGCAACGUUCACGCCAUCAUGAUGAACACUGGGGCAAAAAUUAUCUUCCCCGAUCUCACCGAUGGAAACAUUCAGCAGAUUAAGCGAUCUCGCGUCUACAUUAGUGGAGAAAUUAAUUGUGUCUACAAUGCGAGACAGCAGCUGUUGGGGUGUCUUCCUCUAAGAAUGAUCUUCGAUUUGGCUGAUGAAUUUCAUCUCGAGUGGGACGUAAUUCGGCAGGUUGGUCAGGACAUGAAUGUCAACGUCAAACUGAUCAAUCGGAAUCGAGGAGGAAUGGAUCGCAGUUCUGGAGGAGGAGGUGGACUGUCUUCUCUCCCACCACCAGUCCCUGGACGGUCUCGGACUAUUCAGCUCAUUGCACAUGAACGCAACACGUCUAACCUCUUUGAAGUGAGGCGACGUAUUUUGGGCGGAAUGGAGCAAAUGUUCAGUGCCAGUAUUCCCCAGAAUUACAUGUUGAGACCGACCUAUCCAACAUCAGAGGUUAAGGCAUCUCUCCAAUAUGGGAAUCGACUCGGAGUUGGUCCACCCAUGGGGUCACUCCCACCGCUGAUGCUGCCCACCAGCCCGAAUAUGCAAUCUCCCGUCUUGUCACCCUCAUUCUGGCCGCCAAGCCCGUUCGCAAGUCCGUUCUGCUCCCCAUCGAUCGCCACGUGUGUUGUGAAUGGAAGUACCAACAACAACAAUACUGGUGGUGGAGGGAGCAAUGUUGGAUAUGGGGGACUAAUGAGCAAUAUGCAUAACAAUCCCGGUGGUGGUGGUAAUGGGAACAACAAUAAUCAUGGAUACGGAAUGAGCACCAGUAACAACGGGGGAUAUGGUCAUCUUCAUCACAUCGCUGGAUAUGGACAUAAUGAAGGGAUGAGUAAUAAUAGCAACAAUGGAUAUGACAGUAUUCAAAUGGGUGGUGGUGGUGGUGGGCGAAAUGGACCUCCGCCUGGAAUUGGAAAAUUGACCCUUAAUCUUCAACAUGGACUAAACUACGGUUACAAUGGACCCCUCCCAUCCCCAUCGCCGGUGAACAUGCACCCACCAGAAAUCAGCAUCAACAAUAUGAAGCACUCCUUCCAUCUCCCACUCGUUGACCCACACAACUAUAACAUGCUCCCCAGCCAGGGUUAUCAACACCACCACGGGCAUACCGACUCUGCCCUCAACACUCCGAUGAGUCUGGGUGGAACCUCGACAUUUUCUGACCUCAGCCCAAUGACGUCUCAUCCCGGAGUGGGCAUGGUCAACGCGAUACUCAAUGACUUUAACGAUAUGGACUUUAAACGACGAGCUCCUGGUUGUGAGAGGGCGAACACGGCGCCCAAUUUGUUUGUCAAUCUGCCCAGUGGAGGAUUGUUAAAAAAUGGUGGUGGAUCCGGAUCUACCAGUGGAUCUGCAAGCAGGAGCGAAUCGCCAUCACUUCCUACAUCCAAUAAUGAACCUACUGCUUCCGCCGCUACAGGCGGAGCUGACUCGUUAAAAGAAGGAAACGACGAAAAGAAAGACCCAGAGUUGACGGUAGAAAAAGACGACGGAAAGGAGACGAAAGAAGAAGAUAACUCAAGUGGAGAAAAGGUUGUUAACCCAGAUCCAACUCAUGACAAGAAGUACAUGGCUGUGAAAGCAAUGUACCACACAAAAAUUGGACCUGACACAUCCCCUCGAGUCCCAAACUCGGAAUGGUCUGGAUGUGGCUUCAGCAAGACGUACCUGAACCUCUUCCGCACCGACAAUAGUAACGCUGACACCAACCGCACUGACCUCGAUAGUGGACUUGGCCCUGACGCUGACGGAGAGAACGCUCCCUCGAGUGGAAGUGGAGCUGUCAGCGACAUCAGGAAAGUUCACUUUCCAAUCGGACAUCAACAAUCGAACCUGCUCGACUUUUACGGACCAAGCAGACCAAUGGACGGAAACCUUAAACCUCCCACCGAUUUGGCAUCUCUCUUCAUUCGCAAUGGACUUGGAAAGUUUAUCGACAAAUUCAUCUCAGAAGAAAUUGAUUUAGGCACCUUCGCCUCCUUGAAUGAAAGUGACCUGCGAUCAUUGGGCGUCUCCGCGUACCCUGCACGGAAACGGAUGCUCGUUCUCAUCACUCAACUCGCAUGCCCACGCCUCACCGAGGACUGGAAUCAAUCCAGUCACUAAUAAUUACCUAUAAUACUUCAAACAAUUCGUCGUUACUUAAUUACUUAGUUAAAAAAAUUGCUUAGUUAUGGAAAAGGAUAAUAAGUUGUACGUUGCAUGCAUAAUGAUUUCGUAGCUGAUAGGUUAAAAAGGAGGAUUUUGUAUUUUUGAUACUCAAAUUAUCAUGCACGCGUUGAUGGAUGGAUAGAUAAUAAUUAUUACUAAUAAGCUAAAUAAUAGUAUAAGUUCAAAAAUUGAAGUAAAAAUAUGCAACGAAUUUAAUUGAGUAAAAUAAAUAAAUGUAGACCAUGA